AUGGUCACGGCUCCAUGGCUCCUUGUCCAGCUCCUGCUCCUGCUGCUGCUCACUCUAGUGAUCUCUUCCUCUCUGGUGCACGUUGCAGGAGCAGAGGGCCAGACCUACUGGCCGUUGCAUCCUUACUGCUCGACCACGGGCAACUACGCAGGGGACACCCUCAGCAACCGUGGCUUCUACAACGCCUCGGUCGGCGAAGCGCCCGACGAGGUCUUUGGCCUCGUCGGGUGCUACGCCGACCGCAGCUGGACCCAGUGCCACGACUGCCUCUACGCCGCGGCUGCCGGGAUCCAGUCCUCCUGCCCCUUCAGCAGGGAGAUGAAGGGCGCCUACGACGCCUGCGUCCUCAGCUACUCCAACGUCUCCUCCUUCGUCUCCUCCGGCGUCGCUGACCUCGAUGUCGCCUUUUACACGUGGAACGACUCCUACGUGGACGACCAUGUCAGCAUGAAUCAAACCAGGUGGAAGCUGCUCGUCGACCAGCUGGCGCCGAGGGCUUCCCGGUCAGAGCUGCGGUUCGCCAACGCGACCGUGCCGUACGCCGAGACCACCAUGUAUGGGCUGGCGCAGUGCACCAGGGACCUGGUCGCCGGCGAGUGCUACAGAUGUCUUACCAAGUCCGUGGCCAACCUCUCCAGUAGGCUUCCUAACAAUACCUAUGGUGGCAUCAAGGGCUACGGCUGCUACGCGAUUUACAGCACCCGCGAGAGCCUCCCCGUCACCGUUCCACCGCCGCUUGCACCGCCGCUACCCUCGAAUCUUCCACCGCCACUUGCACAGAUGCCGCCAUCAUCGAAUGUUCCGCCACCAGGUUAG